AUGGGUGUGCGUGGUCUAAGCACGUACAUUUCCCACGAUCCGAACAGUUUUACCAAGUAUGAAUUACAUAACACCUAUCUGGUAUUUGAUGCGGAGAACUACAUCAAUCAUUGUUAUCGGAAUUCCGGUCUGGCUCGACAAUUUGGUGGCGAGUACAUGGAUUUUGCUGUUUACGUGCGAAUGUUCCUGAAACAGUUGCGUCGAUGUCGAAUCACACCCAUAUUUAUAUUUGACGGAUGUCAUGGGAAACAAGUACGUUGGUCGUUUACAUUCGGAAUGUUUCCUUCCGUUAUUACCGUGUUAUUUGUGAUAUAUGGGUUAUCUUAUUUACAUGACCUAGUUCUGGUCGCAAUGUUUCCCGAAACAGUGAUUCUUGAGUAUGAGUAUUUGUAG